AUGCGUGUGUGCAGCCUCACUCUGCCCCUAGCCUGUGCCCACACUCCCUACUGGACCCCAAUGAUGGAGAGUGAGCCAGGCGAGGGCCACUUGCUGCUGCUGAUCAAAGUGCUGAAGGCAGCACUGAGGCUGGAGGCUGCCUGCAACACAGCAGGCUGCAAUGCAGUGCUUGUCAAAGUUUUCAAGGAGUGUCUGCCGGAUCCAAAGUUCCGGUUCUACUUCCUGGCGGUGGUCUGGGGCUGGCAGUCCUCCCUCCCGUUUACUGAUAUCAUUGAUGAGGCUCUGCAGGCCUGGACACUAGUGCUGGGAAAGGCCCUGCUCUCCCCGUCCGGCACACAGUCCUCCAGCCUGGCCUGGACGCUGGGCACUCACCAGCCCCUAGUGCCAUCCCUGCUCUCAGCACUCACCAGUGGAGAGAAGGGAGUUAGAAAGGGAGCCAUAGAGUGCCUCCGUGCUCUUGCAGGUGUGAGAGGCGGGGCACUGGCUGCAGACAGCUAUGUGGAGGUCAUUAGGAUAGUCCUGAAUCAAGCAGAGGAGCUGCUAGAUGAUGCAAGUCAGCUGGCGGAACUGUUUGGCGGUGGCGGCAGCAGCGUGGGCAGGAAGCAGGCCACCCAGAGUGUGCUGGGGGUGGUGGUGGGCGGGGAGGGGCUGCUCCCUCCUCACGUUUGUGCCGCACUCCUCUAUUCCCUCACUGCAGCCAAUGACACGGCCAUCCUCCUCCAGCUUCUUCCCCUGGCUGAGUCCCUCCUGGAGAAAGCGGAGAAGACAGUUCAAGGGAGGGAAGAACAGAGAAAUGAGGAAGAAGGGAAGCUUGAUGUUCCCUCCUCCCUCUGCCUUCUCUACAUCCUCCAGAGGUACACCCCGGAGGCUGCUGAGGUGCUGGAAACAAAGGCGGGCCUGCGAGUCUUUGAGAGGGCCAUGGAGAGUGCCAGGCCCUGUCUUCUGCUCCAUGAUGGUGUGAUGGCACCCCAGAGUGUGCUGCUGCAGGAGGUUCUGAGUUCAAGGUUCAUGGCGAGCCUAAAGAGUGAAGCCACAGCCUCCAGGCUCUGGACCCUGCUGGUGAGCCGAGUCACCUCCUCCAGGGACCCCCAGGAGGCCGGCCGCCUGCGCCACGCCCUUCGCCACGUCACCCUGGAUGCCGAGGUCAUCAUGAGGCAAAUUGAUGACCUUGAACUGACCCCCAAAGUGACCUCCCUACAAGCUGCAAAGUUCAAAAGGAUGAAGAUGAGGGAGCCGAGUGUGGCACACCAGCAGUCAUGGGAGAAACUGCAACUCAUGCUGGAAACUCUAACAAUCAUGAAGGACCUCCAGCGACCCUGGCUUCUGGUGGCUCCCCUCACCCACUGGCUCAAUAUGACCCUGACCCUUGACCUGACCUCCACCACCCUCCUCCAGCAGCAGAUCCUCUCCACCCUCCUCCACCUCCUUGAGAAGUGCGUGGAGGAGUUGAGUGAGGAAGAGGUCAGCCAACGAGUACAGGUCAACGUAGAGGUCAUCGUAGCCUGUGUCCGUGCGUCCUUGAGCCACGACACCCACCGGCGGGCGCUGCUCAUCCUGGCACUCUGUGCACGCAUUGUCCCGGACGCAGUGCUGCACAACAUGAUGGCAAUCUUCACCUUCAUGGGAACGUCUUUGCUGCGCCGCGAUGAUGCUUACUCCUUUGAGGUCAUCCACCACACCAUACAGAGCAUUGUGCCCACUCUCAUACAGCACCAGGGUGAAAACAAAACCUUGGCUAAAGGUGCGGCUGUUGAUGACCGCUUGGCUCAGGUGUGCCAGGUGUUCGUGGAUGCCUUGCCUGACCUGCCACACCAUCGCCGCCUGCCACUCCUCACCCAGCUGGCAACCACACUUCAACCCAACCCUAACUUGUGGCUGCUUCUGGCACUGUUAGCCAACUCUCACGUGAUGAAAGGAGGCACCAGAGGCUACAAGGGCGUGGGCCAAGAAGGGAAGGGAGACGAGAGAGUAAGAGUGGAGGAGGAGGAGGAGGAGGAGGAGAGAGGCACACUCCCACAGGUGAUCCAGUUCUCCCUCACACUGGCCUCACAGUUCCCAGCCACCACUCAGGUGCUGGCUUGUGUCCGCCUGAUGCAGCUUGUGAGCACCCUGCCCGACGACAAAGAAACCUCCAAAGCACUACAACAGCACCAGCAGCAGCGGCAACAAGAUUCACUACUUCAACUGAGAGAGCAGAAGAGUCAAGGGAAGAAGAAGGGAAGCAAUGAGAUGCAGAAAAAGUCUCAGGAACAUCACCAGGAAAAUAAAGAUGGUAAUGAAGAAGAAAACUUGGACUUUAAGAAGGUGAACGAGGCUCAGCUCAUCUCCCGCACCAUCUCCCAUUCACCGCGCCACACCUUCCACCUCAAGUACACAGUGACGGGACUGGUGGCUCAUUUGCUGGCCUCUGACAAGUUUAUUGGGAAAGUGUACGAUGCUGAGGAAGAAGAUCUGGAGGUAAAGGAGCUGCAGUCCCUCUGUCACCAGCUGCUUGAGGUCACCUUGUGUCUCCUCCAUAACGUGAACUUUGCCUGUGACCUCCACAAGGAUAAAUCUGCAGGACGGUUCUUCACCUCACUACAGCGCAAGGUGGUAGAGGUGGUGGAGAGGCUGGUGGCUCUCCUUCCUCCCUCAUCCCUCCUCCAGGUGUGCCAGGGUCUCCUCUCCUCCCCUGUGGCUCUUGUUAGGUGCCGUGCUGCUGAGCUCAUUAGUGCCAAGCUGCAGCCCCAUCUUAACUACUUCAGAAGUGAGGACACCCGGGAGCUGCAGAACACCCUUCAAACGCUCUGCCGUGGAGUGGCCAACAAACAGGAACCAGUGGACAACCGCCAAACUUUCCUCUACUGCCUACUGAUGCUCACUCGUCUUUUGUCCAACCGCACUGCGUCGCUCCCCUCCCUGCCGCCUCUACCAACACCCUCCCUGCAGCUGGUCCUUGAUACUGCCGUCAGUGUGCUGUGCGACGAGAGUGAGGAGCCAUGGGUUGUGACUCAGGGCCUCCUGGUGGCCGCCGAGGCUGUGGCAGCACUCCAGGCGGCAGCAGUGGGCUGCCUCGGCAGGCUCAUGCCCACCCUUAUCAAGACGCUGGCGGCGUCAGCCACUACUGCUGAUGCUGCCUCUACAGCUAACACUGCUUCAGACAUGGCUGCUGCUGCUCCUGCUCCUGCUGCCACUACACAGCUUCUGGCUACGCUUACUGCUCUACACAAGGUCAUUGACAGCCUCCCUCAGUUCCUCUCCCCGUACAUAGAGGAAGUGACCAAACAAGUGUGCUGCAUCAGACCACUUGAAGGAGCCACAAAAACAGCAGCAGUGGGGAAGGAGUCCAAAGUCAUGGCAAAAUUGUUGGCCAUAAGGGAAUCAUUGAUAAAGAAAGUGGAGCCACGUAUUUUGGUGCCCAGACUUGUAAAGGCAUUCCAUUCCCUGCUGGGUGCCGGGGCCCUGGCAGACCUUCAUAAUCUGGUAGCCAUGGUGGGCUGCCUUGUUGGGGAGUUGGGCCCCAAGAAACUUCCUCAGCACAUCCCGGCACUGCUGGGGCUGCUGACCAACGCACUUGACCUGCGCAGCUUGAAGGGUGACGGCCAAGAGGUGGAGCCAGUGGAGGAGGCCAUAUUCUCAGCCAUCAGCCGCCUCCUCCUCCACCUCCCUGAGCAGGACAACAUCUCCAUAUUUACCUCCAUAAUAACCUGGGCCACCUCCUCCACCACACCCGCUGAGACACCCACUGCACCUGCCAGGCUCAUCUCCCUCUACAGGUUUGUGUCUGGAGGAUAUAUGACUUCUGUAUUUACCUAG